AUGUUCAUCGAGUUGGCCGUACUGCCAGAGCUGGCCGGCGUGCAUGAAGGCGGUGGCGAGUUCCCUACUACUGUUGCUAAGACUGGCAAUCUGAAAAUCUUUGACGGAAAGGAAGAGAUUGGGACGCUCUUUGUGGACUUGGAGGUGAUCAAUGAAUGGCCUGGACUUACCGAAGAUGAGGAAAAGGAAGCCGAAGGAGCCGGGCUGUUCGAGUUCUACUUGAUCAUGGCUGCUCUUGAAGGAGAUUCGCCUCUGAGAGGUAAGACUGGUGUCAUGACUAGCAAAACAAUGCGUAGCGCUGCAUAA